AUGCUGGUUAUUUCAGGUUCAGGACAGCUAGAAGAUAUUGGAAUUGGCAAGGGCAAGAAAUAUUCUAUCAACAUCCCGCUACAAGAUGGUGCUAGGGACCAGGAGUUUGUCGCUUUGUUUUGCAGGGUGAUACAGAAGGUGCGCACUGUGUUCAGACCUGAGGCGAUAGUUUGUCAGUGUGGGGCGGAUGGUUUGGUUGGUGAUCCUAUGGACUCUUUCAACCUCACUCCGCUGUCGUUAGGCCGCUGUGUGUACUUCCUGUUAGACUGGGCACUCCCCACACUUCUGCUGGGAGGAGGUGGCUACCAUCACACAAACACAGCCAGGUGCUGGACCUUUCUGACAAGUGUAGCUGUCGGUAAAAAACUGCCAUCAGAUAUACCUGAUCAUCAG